AUGAAGGAGCCCACUCUUCCCCUCGACCGUCUCGGUCUUGAGGAAUGGACACAGAUCCUGACGACUUGGGAUCGUCAGCUCAUGUCUCAGCCCCGAGAGUCGUCGAUGGAGCAACUCGACGCCGAUACAGAUGCCGCCGUGGGAGAGUUUGUCCCUCGCCACAGCUGCAUUCGUCUGCCCUCAGCCAGACCCAGGACAAAGGCAUCUGGCACAACGCACAGGGGCCGAUGGAACUAUUUCACUUUCUUUGAGGGCUCGGAAGUCGACAAGUCGACACCCCCAAGCUCCGGUAGCGCUUCGGCCGCAGUCUCAGCCGGCACUCCCUCACUUCCCAAGGGUACUCCCUCAGCUCCCAAGGCCACGACCCAAUCUGUUUCAGGCACAAAGCCAGUAACACCGAACGGAAAGCCACAGACCCCAGGCGGAAAGCCACUCACCCCAGGUAGCAAACCAGCGACGCCAACUGGCAAACCAGCGACACCAACUGGCAAACCAGCGACACCAACUGGCAAGCCGGCAACACCAACUGGCAAGCCAGCGACUCCCGGCAGCAAGUCGGGCAGCAAAGCCAGUGUUUCAUCUCAAGGCUCGGCAGAGGCAAAUCGGGCAGGAAACUCUACCCCCAAGAGUACUCGUCAGAGCGCCGUGCCCACUCGUGCCUCAACCCAGCCCAAGCUUCCUCUCCAGGGCGACAGCGUCGGUGUGGCCCAGUUCUUGACACUCUGGUCUCGACCAACGAAGGCCCUCCCGGUGCCGCGGGCCAAGGCGGCGGUCUGGGGCCUCUAUGACAACCGAGAACCUGGUUGUGUCGUGUCAGGCUCGUUUCUCACAUAUCUGCGUUCCCACGGUCCUCCCAUCGGCAAAUACGGCACCAAGACCGCAGCAGUGGCCUAUCGCUUCGAGCACCAGCGCUUGGACCACAAAAUCACUGUCCCCAGCGCCGAGUGCAAAGAUCUUAUCGAUGGCCAUACCCUCAUGAGGCCGCAGAAACGGGUGAGUCAAGUGCUCGAUUCCAAGCUGCUGACCAGCGAUGCCAUCGAACGAGGCGAGCUUCUCGGUGGCUCCAGACAGAUUACCGAGCCUGUGCCUGAAGAAAUAGCCUCGAGCGACGAUUUGCUGUCCGAGGAUCAGGCAGCCGCCAUGGCGAUGCGAACCGAGAAACGAAUGUCGGCGACCGAGCGAGAGAUCUCUGGGGCACUUGGGCAGACAUACAGCUCUCGCCAACCGAGCGUCGUCGCCCCGCCGCCGCAUAUUACAUCGAUUCCAGAGGGCGCCAGUACCGCAGCCAUAGGCCAAGAUCCAUCAACGAUACAGCCUGAAAGCGCCCCGACCGCGCAAACAUCGACGACUGCACAGAUAGCAUCGGUGGUGAUAGUACCUCCGCCAGCUGCCCUUUCCGACACACCCACCCGCCGAGACAUGCUCUUCAGCAAACGGGGUGCCGUUCUGAAACAUCUCUUGGGCGAGAAAGAGGUCGCCUUAUGUACAGUUGCGGAUCCACUCCAGAUCCGCCCCGCACCCACGUUCAUCCUUGACGAUGCCGUUAUCGAUCCGCCCCCAUCGGAUCUCACUGCCGAGAUGAUUAUGAGGCGCGAGCACCUGGCAGUCGGGUACUUCAACCCAGACUUCAAGGACUGGGAAGACUCGCCGCCACCGUCGCCGUCGCCACUCGACCAACUGGAGGCAAUCUUUUCCAAUAAGCCUCUAUAUGCGCCGUCACAGCACUUUGUGGCUGGUUCGCGGCUGGAUGAAGACCUGGCUGAUUUGAUCGAAGGCGCAGAAGACGACGACAUCGAGGCCGCGACGGAACAGCGUUUGGCCGAAGCAGAACCCAGCCAUCCUCAGCAGCCGCAAACCGAGGAUACACAAGGCGAGGAGGUUCCUCUUGGCGAGAGCGAGAGACAAGACAGAGUCUCUGGGAAUACCAGCGAGCCUGCAGCCGGGCCCAUACCAGAGCGCAUACCAGAGCCCACGGCGGAGCCUACACCGGAGCCUGAGACAGAAAUUGGCCCAGACACACCGGUUGAUGCUGUGCCCGAUGACUUGGACAAAGCUGCUCCCGGAACGCUGGCCGAGGACACACCGGAGACCAUACCCGACACUGCAUCCGAGGUGGUGCCCGAGGACAUUCCGGAGCCUGUUGCCGAGCCUGUUGCCGAGCCUGUUGCCGAGCCUGUUGCCGAGCCUGUUGCCGAGGCCGAGCUCGUAGAAGAGGCUGUCGAUACCGAAACUGGGCAACCCGAGGUCCCAGGCGACGAAGCCGCGCUGGAGAACCCGACAGAGGCUCUUGGUGACGAGCCCGGGCCAGAAUCGACUGUCGACAGUAACUAA